AUGCCGUGCUUUGGAAGCCGUAAAAAGAACAAACGUAAACCUGAUGAGCCUGCUGUAGAGCAGAUUCGUCAAGAAUACGAUGAGCUCAAAUACAAGGAAACGGAGCAUUUGGAUGUUAUAAGACGUCAAUCUGCUGAAUUGGAUGAACUACGUAAGCAGGUGCAAGAUAAAUCCCAAGAUGAUGCUCUUCAAGAACGACUACAACAACGAGAAAAGGAGAUCCAACAAUUGAUGGAGAAGAUUGAACAACAAAAGCAGACAACCAAUGUGCAAAUGGAGCUCGAGGAAAAAGAAAAAAUGAUACGCGACAAAGAUAAGCAGCUUCAAGAGCUGCAAGAAAAGUGGAAAAAUGAACAAGCUGCAGCAAAACCAGAAUUGCAGCAAGUGACGGAUCAACUUGAUGAGCUGAAACAAGCAAAUGAAGAGGCUGUGAAUCGACUUGAGGAGGCUGUAGGUCGACUCGAGGAGAAGGAGAAAGAAUUAGCGGUGUUGCGUGCUCAACUCAAUCGCCGAGAUCGAAAACCAAAGAAUGGUGAUGAAGACCAAAAACGUCUCAACCGCCUCACAAUGGAUCUUGAAAGUGAUCGUUUAAUGAUUCAAAAAUUGGAGGAGCUCAACCAACAGCUUGAGGCUCAAAAACAAAAACAUGAGGCGAUCCUUCAAUCCCAUGCUGAAGAAAUUGCAGAGAAAGAUCGUGAGCUUGUGCAACAGCAACAAUCCUUGAGCGAUUUAAAACAAACGCAAGAACGUGCCAUCCGUAAUCUUGAACGACAACAGCAACAAACGAUCCAAGAGAUUGAGCUCAAGCAUGAACGUGAUACUCGUCAACUUAAAGAACGUCUUGAAAAUGCCGAGAGACGAGCCAAGAGUGACAUGAACACUGAAGUUGAAAAGCUGUUGCAGGAAUUUGAACAAUCAGAGCAUGAUCAUUCUGUACAGCUUGCCAGCCUUCACAAGUCGCAUCAAGAACAAAUGUCAGCCAUGCGCCAAGGACAACAACAAGAGCUCAUGAAGCUGACAUUGCGUAAAACAGGUGGUCCUAACAAGGUGAUUCGUUGGCCUGUUAUGCAACAUGAUAUUGAGCUUGUUCCACGUGAUCCUGCUUGUGUACAACUUUACGUAUCAAGCGUUUCAGCUAAUCCUACCAUCAAACGCAACCAAGAAUCAUUGCAAAAUACAUUCACAGCCAAGGAUAUCAAGUUCCAAGUGGUUGAUGUAGCACAAAGCGAACCAGCUCUUCAACACAUGCGUCGACAACAAGGCUCUAACAAGGGUUUACCCAUGGUCUUUGUUGGUGGUGAAUACCGUGGUCAACAUGAGGAUGUGAUGAAGGCUAUCGAAAGCGAAACAUUGAAUGAGCUCUUACGUCCACGUGAAAAGUUGUCAGUUGCCACACCCUCAUCCACAAAGAAACAAUUGCCAAGGAAAACAUCUCAUUCUGGAUCUGUAUCAUCGAAUGAGCCCGUUACACCCACAACUUCAUCCAACAUUCCUCCUCCAGUGCCCAUCCGCAAAGCAUGCCAUGAUGAAGAUGAAGACUUGCUACGAGAAAUUGAAAAAGAAUUGGCUCAAUCUGAUUUCUCAAAGGUGGAUUUCAACUUUUAA